UCAAGCCUAUGGUUUCGAAUCCCUCCUUUUGCCUCCCCUUGUACCAAAAGAAAAAAAAAUGGGUUCUUGCUUCAGCAAAUGCAGACCCCAAAGGCAUCGUCGCUCCUUCCCACAAGAACCGCUCGAUCCAAGCAGCGGCAACAUCCUCGUCCAAGACAAGCUCGUGAUCUCCCAACAACCACCACCGCCCAAGACGCCGCUCGCUCAGUCCCGUCGCAUCUCGCCCUCCCCUCAUUCGCCUUCCAAAUCUUCUUGCUCAUCGUCCGCCACUUGCUGUUCUUCCUUCACCGCCAGCAGCGCCAAGCCUGGCGGCGCCGUCUCGUGCUCGUCUUCGUCGUCGCCCACUGCGUCCUCUGCCCUGAGCUCCAAGGAUCGGUCCUUCUCCAACGACUUCCUGUGGUCUUGCGCCAAGGAGAAUUCCCACAUACUCCAGAUCAACUCGCUCAAGGUGAACUCCCUACUAGCGCUGGCGGAUAAGUUCCCCGACGUAGAGCUGGGGUCGUCGCCGGCCAAACCGCGACUCGCGGCGCCGGCGAGGCACGCGACUCCCUCGAACUCGGCCGUGAAUGCGGCUCAAAAGAGAACUCGAGCGUGCUCGCCGAAUUUGGCCCGGCAAAAGAGCUUCAGGGCCGAUCAAUCGGACGGGUCAUUGCCAAGCUGCGCGCAUUCUCUGCCUAGGAGGACCUUGCGGUCUCCAUCGCCAAGUAGGAGAUUCGACGGAGGAGAGAAGUGCAGGGGCAUCUUAGUGAACACGGUGAGCGACGACGGCGGCGGCAGCAAGCGUUUGGCGGCGACUACUAAGGUUAGCGCUCCUAGUAAUUACGUGGGCACGAAUUCAAGGAGAGAGAAUGUCGUUAGGCCGCCGAGCCUGAACAACAAUCUGAAUCGGCCGAUCCGACCCGGUUUGGUGCAUUCAGAGACUCUCCUGUCUCGCCAAAUUGGUCCCAAAGUUGGCGAAAUUGCCCAGAGAGUUUUGGCCGACCAAGACAUGACCGACUCCGUCGAGGACCUUAACAAUCCACUCAUCUCGUUGGACUGUUUCAUUUUUCUUUAAUCAUGUUCGAUUUUUUUUUCUCUUCUUUUUCCCCAUGCAUGAACUCAUUUUUUUGUUC